AUGACAGCUUCAAGUGGUCUGACCGACCGCGAUGCUCUCGCUGCAAGAUCUAUCCCGUCGAUGAUUCUCAGCGAUGGCAGCCCCGCAUCAAUGACCCCGCCUCCAUCUUCUGCAUCCGAAGCGGACCCUGCUGUUGGUGCACAGAAAAGAUUUUCUGUUCGAGGAAACGCGGUCGUCACUGGCGGUACCGGGACGCUAGGCCUUCAGGCCUGCGAAGCUCUGCUUGAACAUGGCCUUCAGGGCCUCAUGAUCUUUGAUGUCAAUCCCACAGGCAAUGAAAAGGAGCUCACAAGAUUGAAGUCAAAGUUUCCCAGCGUUAAGAUCUGCGCUCAAAAAGUUGAUGUCACAGCCGAAGAUGCAGUUCGUGAAGCAAUGGAAGAGACAGUCCGUUUACUUGGUUCGGUUGAUAUCCUCGUUUGCUUUGUCGGCGUCGUCGGCUGCAUCGAAACUCUUGAGAUGCCCGUCUCGCAAUGGCGAAAAAUCCUCGACGUUAAUACUACUGGCUCAUUCAUCUGUGCCCAGGCAGCUGCGCGAGAGAUGGUCAAGCAAGGGACUGGAGGCUCGAUCACAUUCGUGGCAUCAAUUUCGGCCCAUCGCGUCAAUUACCCACAGCCUCAGGUGGCAUACAAUGUUAGCAAAGCUGCUCUGUUGAUGCUCAAGAGCUCCCUUGCUGCAGAGUGGGCUCGUUAUGGUAUAAGAACCAACAGUGUUAGCCCGGGGUAUAUGGACACAAUCUUAAACGAGGGAGCGGGACUGGAAGCCCACAGACGGAUCUGGGCUGAGCGAAACCCAAGCGGACGAAUGGGAGUUCCAUCUGAGCUGACAGGGGCCAUUGUGCUUCUUGCUAGCUCUGCUGGCACUUAUAUGAAUGGGUCGGAUAUUCUUGUUGAUGGAGGUGCAACUGUGUUUUAA